AGCAAGGAGGCGGGGUUUGGCGGAAAUCGGUUGUGAUUCCGAAAAUAAUACCGCGAUUGUUCAUAAGCGGUUGUAAAUGAGCUGUGUUGUGGAGCUGGAUGUACACUUCAUGUACGGGUGAUAUGAAGAUGAAUUUUAAACGCUGCCAUGGAAAGAAUUCGUGCUCGUCGUUUUCUACCCUUUGGUUCUCCGAGUUCAGCGGAAACCGUCAAACUCAGGACGCGGAAAUCAAAACUUUACCGGAAGGAAAAUAACGCGAUUUCGCGCGUGCACGGUUUUCUCGGGGUCGGCAUCGUGCUUUUCUCUGUGCUUUUUCGUCUGGUUAACUGCCUCCUGGUUCAGACCAGCUUCGUCCCGGAUGAGUACUGGCAGUCGCUCGAAGUCUCCCACCGGAUGGUCUUCAGCUAUGGCUACGAGACGUGGGAGUGGAAGGAAGGGAUUCGAGGUUACUCGUACCCUCUGCUCUUUGCUGUAGUGUAUAAAACUCUCCACCUGCUGCAUUAUGAUACGGUUCAGCUCCUGGUCCUGUCACCGCGAGUUCUUCAGGCGCUUCUCGCAGCGCUCGCUGACGUAAAGCUUUACGAAAUCACUCGCAGGUGGGAGAACCCAGAAGCCGCCAAAUGGACCUAUUUUUGUCAGGUGUGCUCGUGGUUCACCUGGUAUUGCUCCACCCGCACCCUCACUAACAGCAUGGAGACGACGCUGACCGUCCUGGCGCUCAGCUAUUACCCACUGCACGGCUCCAGGACGCACCACAGCUGGAAGUACCUCUCGCUCGUCUCGUUGGCCGUCGUCGUUCGCCCGACGGCCCUGAUCGUGUGGCUGCCGCUGCUGCUUCAUCACCUGUGGCGCGAGGAGAACAAGCUGAAGCUGGUCACUCAGCAGGGACUUCCUGUCGCGGCCGUCGCGCUGACCCUCUCUACGCUUAUAGACUGCACGUUUUAUGGAAAGUGGACUUUUGUCCAGUGGAACUUCCUGAAGUUUAACGUGCUGCACAACGUGGCUGAGUUUUACGGUACACACCCCUGGCACUGGUACUUCACUCAGGGCUUCGUGGUGGUGAUCGGCCCGCACCUGCCCUUCUUCCUGCACGGCUGCACCCUCGUCGCCAGGAGACACAGAGUCCUGCUGAUGAGCAUCACGUGGACCCUGAUCGCGUACAGUUUUCUAGCACACAAGGAGUUCCGCUUCAUCUACCCCGUGUUACCCUUCUGCAUGAUCUUCUGUGGUAUUUCCCUGGUGAAGCUGCGCUCCUGGAGGACACCUGCUGCAGGAGCUCUGCUGCUCUUAAACCUGCUCCCGGCUUUAUACACGGGUUUAGUUCACCAGCGUGGAGUCCUGGACGUUAUGGGUCACCUGCAGCACCUGUGUGACCUCAGAGACACAGCUCACAGCUCACCUGAGCCACAUGUGCUGUUCCUCAUGCCCUGCCACUCCACUCCGUUCUACAGCCACCUUCACUGUCCAAUCAGACUCCGCUUCCUGGAAUGUCCCCCGGAUCUCCGCAGAGAUCCGGAUUACGUCGACGAAGCGUCCUCGUUCUACGCAGAUCCACUCGGCUGGCUCGGGACGUCGUACCCCAACCGAUCCGCGCUUCCGUCACACGUGGUCUUCUUCCAGCCGCUCGAGAAGGAAAUUUCCGCUUUUCUGGAUGGAAACCGGUUCAUGAAGAAAGCUGAAAUAUUCCACACGCAUUUUCCUGAAGGACGGGUAGGAUCAAGGAUCUGUAUCUACGAGCGAUAACUCAAAUCCGACCCGUGGAGCUUAGAGAAUUGAUGCACUGUUGUUUUUUUUUUAUUUUUAUGCGACGUUAAAAAAAAAAAAAAUCGAACGUGACGGACGCGUGUGACGUAAAAUUUCUAAUUAAACCGGUUUUGUAAAACGUGUCACGCAAGUUCUUUUUUUUAAAUCUCUCACACACACACAAAUCUUUAAAAAAAAAAAAAAAAAAAAUUAUUUCUUUAUUUCAGUUUCUAGAAGGAAGACAGUUAACUUCAAGCAAAAUAACAUUUUUAUUGUGUUUUUUUUUUUUUUCUUUUCCAUGAGCCGCAAAACAGCAAUUACUUUUUGGACAAUUGAAAAAAAAACAAAAAAACAAGCAAACAAGUUUCAACAGGAAUGUAACCUAUCCAGCAUGACAUAACAAAAAGGAGAACUACACAACACACCCAGGAUGGAAACGAAGGUCUUGCUCCGUGUUUACACGAUCAAGUGUUCACGUUUAGCAGCAAAAAAAAAAAAAAACACACCGAGAAAAGUGAUCCACAGUUCAAUGUACUUCAGCUGAAAGCUCAGUAGAUCAGGCUUAAAUCACUUGGUCCUACGCAGGAUUAAUGACACUUCACGCAAUUAAAUUAGUCUAUUUAAUACAAAUAAACUGUUCUUUCUUACCAACACACAGUGCUUCGUUUAAAUUAAGUGCAUUCUCAAACAUUUUGUUUCAUACGUCGUUAUGUAUAUAGUUCUCUUGCAACUGGAGCUAAAUAACUGGUAGCUGAUUAGCGUCUGCGCUUGCCUACUGACUCCACUGAAACCUAGCUGCAGAUUAGCGCUCACACACACACACACACACACACGGAACAAAACAACAUUUAGCGCAUUUAGAUUUGUGCAAAAUCACAACAUUUGUGGAGAGGAGGCAGAGGGAAGCGAUGCGUUCGUUAGACAUAUAGUGCGUUCACGUCAUGUCAGAGUUUUCUCCCGCUUUAGCUGACGAUAUUUCAUUUUUGGUGUCAGGUACGUUAGCAUAAUUGUGACAUGACCUGAACGCAGCGUUAUUCCAAACGGUUUUGCGAUAACAGCCGGUUUUAUUUUCAAAUUCGAAGAGCUAUAAUAGAAAGAACUAGCGCGGAGAACGUUUCCUAGUAUUUCGGAUCGAACGGCAUGGGCCCGAGCUCUAUUUUGACGUCUGCAAAGUGUCUGUCGGAGCUGCGCCCCGACCGGGCCCACUUCCUGUCUCGAGGAGGCAGAGUACGCGAAUGCUGGUGCUUUCGCUGCUGCUGAUGUUGUUGGCACUCCCGCUCCGGUUUGACCUUCGACCCUGGGCCUUCAAAAGGUCGACUGCAAAUUUACAAACAGCACACGUGUUGUUGUUUUUUCUUUUUUCUUUUAUUUAAACAUGUGUUUUUACCAUAAAGCUUCGUACGCCGCUCACAGCGAGGAUAUUGUCAACAUGCAGGAGCUACUGUGUCUCAGACCUAGUGGUUAAAAGGUAAUAGAGAGGAACGUGGUGAGGUCAGCAGUCACAGGAACACAUGCAGUGCAGAACACAUGCAAGCCCAGACCACAGCAACCCAACACUCUCCAACACACGCUUGACAAACGCAAACACCGUACCUGAAUUUGCUCGGAAGUCUUUAGAAAGUUCCUUCCCAUUCUGAGCACUCGAAAUAUAGCCACCUGUCAACAUUCGAGAUCUUGAAAAAUGUUGGGUCAGUGUGCUAAGGGCUUAGAUGGAGAUGCUUACAGAUGGGGAAGAAAAAAAAAACAAACCGUGAGAACAAAUAUGACAGGCUUACCUUGGAGCAUUCGGUUCCGAGUACGUCUCUCCGAAGAAGUGCUUAUAUACGUAAUCAUCCAGAUCCUCAAAAACGUCGUCAUCCCCGUCCUGGUACUCGUCCAUGUCCACCAGGUAGUCUUCUACUCCGCUGACGAAGUCCGUGAACAGCAUCUGAUCGUGAAUAAAGAGUCCGUUCUGGAAGAACCUGUUGAUGAAGCUAUCAAGCUCCCUCCAGUGAUGGAAAUGACCCACUUCUUGCUGCAGGUAGCUUCGCAGGAGCUGGUGGAACUCGUCCGCUCUUAUGGGCUCCAUGGCCUUGUUAAAGAGG